GAAGAGAUGCUUGGUGGAAGCAUCCCGGUACAGAGCUACAGUGCUAUUGUAGUCUACUCAUUCAGCUGCUGCAAAGGAUAUGCCCAGAGCUAUUGUCUACCCUUUUUAUGUUCAUUAUUUUAGCCCCGUUUGCAAUUAAAUUGCCGGUUUUAUUUCGAACGUUUUAUUUUAGCAUGAGUCCAGGAGAACAGUUGACCCGCGUGUGUUAUGGUUCUGUAUAUUCCCGUCUUUUUCUGUAUUUAGUAGCCUGUAUUUGCUGUGUUGGGACUGUGACAUCGAGUCAUGACGUUGCUGCUGAGGAGCAGGGACGUAGCCAUGAAUACAGACUGGACUCUAUAGAGAGCUAUGACAUUACCUAUCCACAUUGGGUGCAGCCUGCUAGACACAGGAGGACUUCAGAUGGAGAACAGAAACACCCAACAGAGGCAGAGGUGCUGAUCGCGGCUGAAGGAGAGGAGAUGACACUCCGCCUGCACAGGAAUGAGCAACUACUGGCCCCUGGAUAUCAGGAAAUAUGGUACAGUCCCAGCGGUUCCCGUCAGACAUCAAAUCCACCAAACACUGGCCACUGUUUCUACCACGGUGAUGUUGGGGGUGUGGAGGGUUCCAGUGUAGCCCUCAGCACCUGUUCUGGACUUCGGGGCCUGAUUACGUUGAACACAAGUGUCAGCUACCUGAUAGAACCCCUGUCGCCCGUUGCCAUGGGUACGCUGCAGCCUCAUGCCGUGUUCCGAGCGCAGCACCUCAGAAUGCCCAACGGAACAUGCGGGCAUCGCCAUGGAAGUCAUGACCACAGGGAGGGCUUCAGUGACUUCAUCCAGGGAAUGAUGUUGACGCAGGGCGUGAGGGAGCGUAGGGACGUGGCUCAGAGUUUAAAGUAUGUUGAACUGUUGCUGGUGGCUGACCAUGCUGAGUUUCAGAAGCACCUUGGGAAUUUAGAGAUGACCAAGUUGAAACUACUGGAGGCAGCUAACUAUGUAGACAAGUACUACAAGGCUCUUCAUAUCCGUGUGGCAGUAAUCGGUCUGGAGGUGUGGUCUGACCAGGACAAGAUCAGUGUGUCUGGAAACCCCUACAGCACCCUGGGAGCCUUCCUGGCCUGGAGGCGCAAACAGCUGUACACCUUACCUAACGACAACGCUCAGCUCAUCACAGGCGUAGCCUUUCAGGGCACCACCAUCGGUCUGGCCCCUCUCAGGGCCAUGUGUUCAGAGUACCAGUCUGGGGGGGUUAACUCAGACCACUCGGAGAGUGCUGUGGGCGUGGCAGCCACCAUGGCUCAUGAGAUGGGGCAUAACUUCGGCAUGAGCCACGACAGCCCUGGGUGUUGCCAAGCCAACCCGGACGACGGAGGCUGCAUCAUGGCUGCUGCCACAGGCCACCCAUUCCCGCGUGUGUUUAAUCGCUGUAACAAGCAGGAACUGAGCAGGUACCUGGGCUCCGGAGGGGGGAAGUGUCUGUUCAACCUCCCCAACACCAGAGUCAUGUACGGGGGCCAGCGCUGUGGGAACGGGUACCUGGAAGAGGGGGAGGAGUGCGACUGCGGAGACGAGGAGGAGUGUUCCAGUCCUUGCUGUAAUGCUAAUAACUGUACUCUGAAGGCUGGAGCGGAAUGUGCCCAUGGAGUCUGCUGCCAUAACUGUAAGUUAAAGAGUCCAGGUGUGUUGUGCCGUGCUCCGUCCGGGUCUUGUGACCUACCUGAGUACUGCGAUGGGAAGGUGGAGUCUUGUCCUGCUAACUUCUACCUGGUGGACGGUACUUCCUGUGCUGGGGGGCAGGCCUACUGCUACACUGGCAUGUGUCUUACCCUGGACCAGCAGUGUCAGUCACUCUGGGGGAAAGAUGGGCGUCCUGCUCCAGACCUGUGCUUUAAGCAGGUGAAUGAGGCAGGGGACACCUUUGGGAACUGUGGCAAAGACUUAAUGGGCAAAUACAGAGGCUGCAAGGACAGAGACGCUAAGUGUGGUAAGAUCCAGUGUGUGAGUUCAGCCUUCAAGCCCAUUGAGGCCAACGCAGUUCCCAUUGACACCACGGUGAGGCAGGGCAGCAGAAAGAUCCUCUGCAGGGGGACACACGUCUACCGACCCGGACAGGUGGAUGAGGGACAGGAGGACACGCUGGACCCAGGACUGGUCAUGACCGGGACCAAGUGUGGAGAGGACUCGAUAUGUUUUGAGGGAGAGUGCCGAAACGCGUCUUUCCUGAGAGCCGAUGAGUGCAAUGCCAAGUGCCAUGGUCACGGGCUGUGUAACAACAACCACCAAUGUCACUGUGACUCAGGCUGGGCUCCGCCUCUGUGUAACAAGGAGGGGAAUGGAGGAAGCUCAGAUAGUGGACCUGUCAUCAACCGCAGCAGUGUACUUCCUGUUCUGUUGCUCCUCCCCCUGGUUAUCUUUGUGCUAUUGGCUGGUGUUGGACUAUGGUGCUGCUACAGAAAUAAACUACAUAAAAACCGUCCGCUGAAGGACUCAGCAUCCAGAUCCAUGCCAAUUUUUCCUGUCAGCUGUCCAGUCCCUGAGGCCAAACAUGUUCAAGCUGAUGCUCAUGCCAGUAGUCGCCAUGUCAGCGGCCUCUCCAACAAUCAGCAUGACAACGGUCAUGCCAGCGGACAUGCCAACCCUACCUUCCUCCUGAAGAGGCAGGGCUCAGACCGGAUGGGUCAGUCAACCCCCAGCCCCUCUACCAGGACGAGACACUCCAUUGUCCGUCCAACAGUGAAACCUCCUCCUAUACCUGUCUACGCAACUCAGCAGAAAGAGGCUCACGCUCACCUCCAGCCCCAGCAUAAACCUCCAUCCAUCCCCAAUCAUCCAGGCCAGCAGAACGGACCUCUCCGGCUCAUUCCUCCAGUUGCCCUGCCCCCGAGCCCCCAGACCUCCCCUUCUCUACCCCCCCCACACCGACCAAACCCCCCCAGAAGACCCCCGCCUCCAUGCCCGCUCACCAAACCCACUCAGGCGCAGCUAAGGAGUAGCCCUCAGGUGCUGGAUGACGCCCUCAAGAAAGGAAAGUCCAAUAUUGCACCAUCUGGUGGAAAUAAAAAUUACAACAGAUCUUAAAACCUGUUGUCAGGAAAGAGUUGAGGACCAAACCGGGACCAAUGUUCUCUGUGAAAUCUCUUGUCUUAUUUCUCUGUAAGCUGUCUUUUCCACAGCCCUACCAUUACCAUGGGCCUUUAUGACACUGUGGAACAGGAAAGGACUGCCACAUCUAGAAAAACAGGGAGUUCAAAAUAAUACCUUAAAAGUACUGCACUAUAUUAAGCAAUAGUUUGCCAUUUCAGAUUUGUCCAGGGAUUCCAACACUUUAGCCCGGUACCUUCAACUGUGGGACCAUCUCAGUAUUUUUAUUUAAUUCCAAUGACAAUAACACAGGACAGUUCCUCCAGUAUUUUAAUUUAAUUCCAAUGACAAUUACACAGGACAGUUCCUCCAGUAUUUUCAUUUAAUUCCAAUGACAAUAAUACAGGACAGUUCCUCCAGUAUUUUAAUUUAAUUCCAAUGACAAUAACACAGGACAGUUCCUCCAAUAUUUUCAUUUAAUUCCAAUGACAAUAACACAGGACAGUUCCUCCAGUGGUUUGCUGACAUUUUCUGAGGGAUAUCCGCAGGCUAUAAUGCUAGAUUUUUCUGUAGCAAUGAUGACAUGUUGCAUGGUAAUAUGCUGGUAAUUUUGACAAAUUUACGAAGAUGCACCACUGAGGGAAUUUGUUUUGCUGUGCGGCUUAAUGUUACUUUAUUAUUCAUUCCAUGUGCAGUGAUAGGCUCAAAUUGGUCUAUUUUAUGUGAUAAUAAUGCUACACUAUUCUGUUUUAUGUAGAAAUAGUGUGGUGAUUUGUCAAAUAUGAAAGCCCUCACAUUGUAUGUGGGGAAUUGUUGAUUUUGCUCACAAAUCUGUCAUUGCAGAAUCCUACAGGUACUGAAAGGAGUUGGCUGAAUCAGAAGCAUCUCUGCUUAUUAGACUAGCUACUAGGCUACCAGUCUUACCACUUGAAACCAGGCAUCCUGUAUACUUGUAAUAUUAAGACUUUAUUGACUGGGUUUUUUGUGGAUGAUACUAUAUACCAAGUGUUCAGAGUAUCAUGUUGAUAUCCUGUUUCAGGUGUCUUCUUUUGCAGAGCUUUACAGCAAAGAGACGAGUGUUUACAGUUAAAAGUACUGUAUAAGACAAUAACAGUUACUAUAUAGUGUUUCUAAAAGCGCAUGACUUAAGGAAAUAUCUUACGUUAAGAAAACAGUGUAUAGAAUGUGAUGCUUAAUGCUUCUAGUGUGUGAAUAAACAAUAUUAAGAUUUAGACUGGAAAUAUAUGAUGACAUGCAUGUUUUGAUUAUUGUUACACGCUUAUGCCUAAGACGAGGGACAAAGAUGUCUCAGUUGUAGCAAUAAUUGUUUGAAGAUUGUUCAUUGUAUUUUUUUUAUUUGUGUUUUUAUAUAUUCUGUAUCAUGUACUCUUUUGGUGAGUUGUAUCUAAUUUCAAGUACUGUUGACUGACUGAAUUAAUGUAUGUUUGGACACUUCACUUCACAAAUUUGUCUGAUAUAACUAAUAAGUUAUUUGCCCCUAAAAUCAUUGUAUAUAAAAUUAUCUUUUUCCUUUAAUUAUUGUUGAAUUGUCCCCAUCUGACCUAUGCAAGCAGUGUGCCUUCAAUUUGAUUUGAAAUAAAUUGUUUAAAAAACAGGA